AUGGCUUCCUCCCUCGCCGCCCAGUUGUCGCAGAUCGCGGCCAAGUCGACCAACGAGCUCGACUUGAAAUCGCAACGCAUCUCCCAUUCGCAUUCCUUGAUCUUCGAGCGCAAAAUCGCCGGGUCGCAAGAUUUCGACACUAUCUAUGAUAUCUGCUACGAGGGGUUCCGGGAGCUCUGCUCUUUGGACAGUCGCUUCGAGCAGUUCGCUCGUACAAUCUUCAGCGAGCAGAGCAAAUCCGAGGACCGGACGCAAAUGAAUGCCGCCCAGAACAAGGAGCUGGACACCGUAAUUGACACUUUCCUUGCUCUGGUUGGAGGAAGACUUCAAUUGAGCCCAGCUGUCAAAGCGGUGGAUUGGUUGGUGAGACGCUUUAGAACUCACGAAUACAACACCGCUAUUAUGCUUUUCACCUUCCUCCCAUAUCACACUACCCCACUCUUCGUGAAUCUUCUUUCGAUCUUGCCUACCGACCUCACAUCAACAUUCAAAGUACUAUACCCAUAUAAAACUGGUCUGGUCAACCCUCCCCGCCAUCCCAUUGUCCACAGCGCAACCACCAAUAAGGAGUUCUUUGCUUCGUUCAAUGACUAUGUUCUGAACGUUUGCCGGCUCCAGGCGCAAAGCCACACCCUGCUUUCGUUCUGGGCUAGUAUUGUCACUGAGGCUGUAGCUGGCAUGCUGGACAAUUCUCGCUCUGGUCGAAGGGAGGCCGAGCAGCAGAAACAUGAGGAUAUUGUUCUCCGGGUCCUACCCAUUCUGAGUAAUGGAUUCGCCAUGAAGAAGGUCUCAGAGUUGAUUGUCAGCUGUUACAUGAUCUCUGUGGUUCUGGCUCAGAAGGCGAUGCUUUCCGAAGAUGUUCUCGAUGGGCUGAUGGAAACUGUGGUCGUCUCCUGGACAGAGGAAACACUGAGCUCCGGUCUUAUCUGCUUGUCGGUGCUUGCGCAACAAAAGCCAUCCACGAUCCUCCCGAAGAAGGUCUUCAAGGCUAUCAGCCGCCUUGAUAACCCCAUGGGACAGCUCUCCGAAGUUACUUCCCACUAUCAAACUUCGAACCUGUUCCUUGGACUUGUUUCCGGAUGUGUUAGCGAUCUGGACAAGCAGAAGGACAACACCCGUCUUACCCUGCUCUCAUCCAUCUUCGACUCGGGUUCCUUGCAAGGCGAGGAUAUGAAGCAGGCCAUGACUAUGGUCCUCCAAGCGACUGGUGAUACUGACGAGGCCCGUGGUAUUUCACUGGAUACCCAGACUCAGCUCGCAGAGCUAGUGCAAGGGUUCAGUCGGUCGGACUCACUUCGUCCUCUUUUCCAGAAAACCCUGGCGGAGUCUUCUCUCAACAUCUCAGCCGUGGAGCACAACCUUCAAACUGUCGUGGAGGCUCCCAUUCAACCUUUGGCUCUCGAGGACGUUGAAAUGGAGGACGUCGAUCAGGAGCCAGUGGACAGUUUCACACCUGCUUUGGAGUCUUUGACCAACGAACCGCAAUACUCGUCUUCGUUCCUUAGCAAGCAGUCAAUCCCAGAGUUUGACAGCCUCGCUCAAGUCUUCGCCCUGACCGCCGACUCCUCGGAUUAUCUCCAGAAGUUCAAUGACUUGCGCAUUCUCAACAAGACCAGUGUGACAAAAUCACCUACAUUUUUGUCUUUUUUCACUCGUGUGAUUUCUGGCUCCUAUCCCAUUGGCAUGAAGGUGGCUGCAUUGAAUUCCAUCUCAUCUACUUUGUCAACAUCUUUUGAUGAUCUGGAUCCCCAGGCACUUUUGCCAUUCCUUCUUGUGGCUCUGUCUGAUCAAUCGGAGCGUAUUCGUCGCGAGGCUGCUGGUGUUUUGGCCGUCAUUGACUCCUUGUACAAGAAUAGCAAAAAGGUUGAUGAAACCAGCAAGCCCUGGGCCCAUGAUGUUAUUUAUGGUAAGGGCAAGCAGUCUACUACUGUUUCAUGGUUAUCUACCCAGGACGCGCAGAAGAUCCUGGAGCGUGCAUUGAUCCCGGGACUCGAGGAAUACAUUCUUGACCCAACUCAGAUCGGCAAGGUCAUCGAUGCUACUCUUCGGGGCACAGUGUUGUCUGAAUCACCGGGUGCCACCGAAUUGAAGAAAUCUCUCCGAACAGGCCUUUUCUCCUUCCUCUGUUCACACGUUGUUCAAAUGCCAGUCUUUGCACCAAAGUUCGCUCUUCUGCGUUUGCUGAACAAUGUCAAGAAGGUUCCAGGAACCACUCGCACCAAGGAGCUUCUUCCCCUGGUUGAGGACUGGCGACGUCUGAAUCAAAAGCAGGUCGAUGAAAUUUGUGGCAGAGAGCGCCUCUCCAUCUCCGAAACCGACCAUCAGAUUGUCGACAUUGUCUCUCCGAAGGAAGCAGAUGCUAUCACCACCCUGCUGUCUCAGGUUACCCCUGGCGCCGAUUCUCUGCGGCCGUCAUUUGUUACAGCUGGCUUCUCUCGAAUGAAGGAAGUAUGGGCCAAGGUCCCCGAGGAUAAUCAAGCAUCGGCGGCCGAGAAGCUGUUGGAUAUUGCAUUGGGUAUGUCAACCGGCGAAGUAUCCCUGGCCGACCACUCCCGUGAUGUUCUUCGCAGUGUUGAGCUGUCGGGUGCCAUCUUGGUGAAUUUUGUCAAGAAAAUUCCCGUUUCCUUGACAGAUAUCGAAUCUGUUGGACCUGCACCCAAGAGGAGGCGAACCAGCCAAAACAACAUGGUUGCCAUGACAGUGAAGGAUGAGGGAGAACUCAGCAAGUUAAUGGACAAGAUGACUCUCAUUCUCGAGGUCAUCGAUAGCUCUAGUCCCGACUCGCAUCCAGAGUUGGCCGAUGGUCUUUUCCAAACACUUGCCGCCCUUCACCACUUCAAGUCUCAGGUUCAAUCUGGACUGAGCUAUUUGCUGAGUCUCACUUUGGGAAGUCUCCUGGCUAUUGUCAACAAGUCAAAGGGUUCUCCCAAGCCACUUUUCGAUACCUCGGUCAUUCGUGCCGACUUGGUGGUCGACUGUGUGCAAAAUGCCGCCCUUCUCCUUGUGGCCGGUUUGUCGGUAAUUGCACCAGAGCUCGUCCUCCACAGCGUGAUGCCCAUCUUUACGUUUAUGGGAUCAAGUGUUCUUCGCAAAGACGACGACUACUCUGUCUCUGUCAUUGACCAGACCAUUGAUCAGGUUGUCCCCGCGCUCAUUCAAUCCCUUCGUAACCAGAAACGCGACAUUGUCUCGGGAACUUCGGAGCUACUUCUCAGCUUUACUGCUGCAUUUGAGCACAUUCCAUCGCAUCGUCGCCUCCGCCUCUUCCAUGCUUUGAUCAGCAAGCUUGGCACGCAAGAUUUCCUUUUCGCUGUACUUGCCAUGCUUGCAAACCGCUAUUCGAUCGACAAGGAUGUUCUUACUUUGAUGACCGGCCUUGCUUCGGAUACCACCGCCGUCGUUGAGCUCACCACAUAUAGCAAAUAUCUCAACCUGGUGAUCGAUUCAUUCAAAGCCAAGCCCGGUAUCUCCCAGGUUUUACUUGGCAUUGGUAGCGACGAUGGCCGUGACCCUCAAAAGGUUGCUGUCGAUCUCCUGCGCGAUCUUGCUCACCUUUUCAAGCACUCGUCUCUCAAGUCAAAGUUAGAGGCCGCUUUCGAGACCGAGGGGGAGACUGCGGAUCAAGCCCGUGCUUGUUACUCUCGGGUUCUUGAGCAGGUCCUGGCCAUUCUUGACUUCGUGAAGAACAUGAAGCCUGUCAGCCAGGCAAUUGGUGAGGCUCUGGGCUCUCUAUUGGGCACGCUGUCUCUCGUUGACUUCCUGGAUACCAUUGAGGUCUUGAUGCAAGGACCUAAUAAUGAUUUGCGACAGAAGGUCCUUCGUCUCCUCGAGAACCGCCUUCGUCAAGUCCCAGAGAGGGACUCCACAUCUCAAAUUCGGGUCCUCGACUUCUUGCCCACUUUGGUCAACACUGUCGAAUCCUCAACGGAUGCCCUCAUCAAACACGCUGCUGUCGCUUGCAUUGAUCGUAUCACCGAGAAAUACGGCCGCAAGGACCCGUCCAAGGUCAUUACUGCAGCCAGGGUUGUCGCUAGUAAAUCUUGUCUUGGCCAGUCCGAUGAGCGCAUUCGCAUCAUGGGUGUCCUCUGCCUUGCUUCCAUGGCCGAGGUUCUGGGCCAAGCUAUGAUUCCCGCUCUCCCUGAUACCCUCAGCCAAUCCUUGACCCUAUUGGAGCUCAGUUUGACCCCCAAUAAAGAGAACUCGCGCCUCCACGACGCCACCUUCUCCCUCUUCUCCGCCCUCCUUGUUAAUCUGCCCUUCAUGAUCUCAGCUGCUCACCUGGACAAAAUUUUACUUCUGUCUUUCAAGUCCGCCAAUGCUGAUCUUGAGGAGAGUAGCGAGGGUAGCCGCUUGGAGACUCUCCGCCUCAUGGCAUCUCGCAAGAUGGAUCUCGGCGCUACCCUUGGCGCAAUCGAUCGCAACUGGGAACAAGCUGUCCAAGCUGGACCCACAGCCACCGGCGAAAUCUUGGAAGUCCUCAGCCUUGCUGUUGAGAAGCACCCCAAGUCGGCUGUCAUCAACACCAUCAAUGUUCUCAGCAAGAUUCUCUUCAAGGCCUUCGACUUGCGCCGCGAACAGACUGCCGCUGGCGACCGUUCCAACUUUGACGAGGCUGAUAUCAAUGAAGUCGAAAGCGCUCUCAACGAUGUCACCAUCAAAAUGAUCUAUAAGCUGAAUGACAGCACCUUCCGGCCGUUGUUCCUUAAGUUUGUUGAGUGGGCUACGAAUGGUGUACCCAAAAAGGAUGAGCAGGCUCAGAUGUCUCGUCUCACUACCUUCUACAAGUUUCUCCAAGUCUUCUUCGGCACUCUUAAGUCAAUCGUCACGGGGUAUUCCAACUAUAUCCUUGAAAAUGUUGUUCAAAUUCUGAACACCACCACCCCGUCCAAGGCUACUCGAUCCCUCUGGCUCGCCACCCUGGGUACCCUCCGCAACUCAUUUGAGCAUGACCAAGAUGAAUUUUGGCAAUCCCCUUCGCACCUUGCCAGCAUCUCUGGUCCGCUUAUCGCGCAACUUGGCCAUGCCACCUCUACCAAGACCUCCGAUCUUGUCGUUGAGGAGGUUGUGCCUGCUAUUACCGGGCUUGCCGUCGCCGCUGACUCGACCGAUAAUCACAAGGAGCUCAACAUGGCUCUAAUGAAAUUCCUUCGUCCCUCUUCUGCGCCGAAUGCCAAGUCUACUAGCGGUGAUAACCCGCUUGUUCGUCUCGCGGCCCUGAAGACCGAGCGGGCUCUGACUGAGCAGCUUGGCGAGGAAUGGCUGGCUCUGCUUCCGGAGAUGCUGCCUUACAUCAGCGAGCUGAUGGAGGACGAGGACGAGAGCGUGGAGAGAGAAGUGCGGAAGUGGGUGAAGCAGAUUGAGGGUGUGCUCGGUGAGCGCCUUGAUGAUAUGCUGACUUAA